AUGCCAUCAAAAAUCUAUUUUUUCCCAGCUUCUCAGACGCAUAUAUUCGAUCUCACUGCUUCGAAAAAAGAAUUCCACUCCAAAGGGUGUAUAUAUUUAUGGGGAUGUCGGUAUGUCUGUUUGAGUUUAUCAUUAGGCUGCGGGAAAACGUUUUUGAUGGACCUUUUUUUCGAGGCUUGCCCGAUCAGGGAAAAAUCAAGAAUGCACUUCCAUGUGUUUAUGAAAUUUGUGCAUUCAAGUAUUUUUGGCUCCCCUUUCUUACGUGUAGAACUUCACGAGCUUAAAAGGGCCAACUUCAAAGGCGAUUAUAUUUACGAGCUUGCAAACUCGCUUGUUUCGGAAAGCAGCAUUUUGUGCUUGGACGAGUUUCAAGUGACCGACAUUUCAGAUGCAAUGAUACUUACCCGGCUUUUUGGCGAACUUUUCAAGCAUCCCUUUAUUUUGGUGACGACCUCAAAUCGCGCGCCCGAUAAGCUUUAUGAAAAUGGGCUGCAAAGAGAAAGCUUUGUUCCGUGCAUCUCGCUCAUCAAGGCGAAAUGUGAUGUUUUUUCGCUCAAUUCUGGCAGUGACUAUCGAAAGGCAAAUUCAAACGGACUUUCAAAAACCUAUUUCUACCCAAUCAACGAUUUCAAUGGAGAUCUCUUUGAAAAGCUUUUCCUAAAUCUGAUCGGUACCAAUAGGAUUGAACCUGUAAAUAUUUCGGUCUUUGGAAGAACUUGGAGCGUUCAAAAUGCUUCUGGCACGACGGCAAAAUUCUUUUACUCGGACUUGUGUGAACAACCAUUUGGGCCGGCCGACUUUGUCGAGCUUUCUAAACGGUUUCGAUGCAUUUUCAUCUCAAAUAUCCCUAAAUUUACUGCAUAUACAAAAAACGAAGCAAGGAGGUUUAUUUCGCUCAUCGAUGCCCUAUAUGAGCAGAGGGUGGUAUUGUUUUGCUUGGUCGAGUGCCAUUUCAAGGAACUAUUUGACUUUACUGCAAAAUAUACCCCUGAUAAAGACACAUGCCAAAAGGCCACCGGUACGGACGAAGUUUUGGCCUUCAAACGCACAAUUUCUAGGCUUUACGAGAUGAGCUCAUCAAAGUGGCUGAUGCACCUACAAGAAAUCGAUGCGGUCACUAUGUAA